GCGAGCCGGGGUGUCCCGAGCCGGAACGGCCCCGGGAGCGGCAGACUUCAGACCCCGUCCCUUAGUGCGGCCCCUUCUGCCUGUCCUGAGUAAGGUGUGGCCUCUCGAAAAGCUGCUGUGCGUGCUGAGUUUGGCUUGGUGCUGGUUUCCGCGUGUGUUGCUACAGCCUUCCGAUGGGGGCAAAGCCAGCAGUGAAAAGAUACGAAACAAGGAAUAAGCGAGCAGGGACAGAGGUGGCACCAUCCAAAUCCCGGGUGGAUUGGAGGCGCACCAGAAGGGCGCUGGCACUGCUCGACAGCAACGAGGAGUCCUCAGCCAGCUCCGAGGAGCAGGAGACCGCCACGUCGGAGGGUGACACGGAUGAAGGAGACCCGGCGGCUGCCGAGGGUCUGCUGCCGGAGCGGGAGCUGGGGCAGCGCGCCGGAGGAGUGCCGGACGAUGGUGACGAUGAGUGCGUGGUGCCUGGGAAGCGAAAGAGGCUGAGCGCCUCGGUCGUGUACGACAGCGAGGAAAGCGAGGGCAGUGACGUUCUGGUUCGAAAGGUUCGUGCCAAACGCCGCUGUGCGAUGCUUGACCGUGCCAGUUCUGAAGAGGAGCAGCCCGAUAAAACAUGCCCCGCAGAGAAUGGUUCUGCUAGUAAGAAACAGAAAGUGCUUGCGAAACUGAAAGAACUUGUGAGACAAAGCGCAGCUCGGAGAUCCUGCAGCAGUGCAAAUUGUGAGGAUUCUAGUAGCGAAGCAUCAGUAGAAGAGGAACCACCCUGUCAGUUGCCCCUCACACCAUCAGAAGGUAGUGAAACUGACAAUGACAGCAUGAAAGAUUUUGUAGUAGAGGAAGAGGAAAACGAUGAUGAUGAUGACAUUGACAACACAGAGCAUAUGAAGACUGAAAAUCAGCCACAUCAAAAGCAACCAAAUCCAUCAAACAGCGAGCUGCUGGCACACUACAUCCCACAGUUACCUCGCUGUGAUCAUUAUGUACACUUCAAAAGAAUAGUAAAGGCUUUCCUCAUAAAUGCAAUUGAUGACAGUUUUCUGAGCUCAUUAUAUGAUGGAACAAGACAAAAGAGGUAUGCAAAAGAUAUGCUGCUCUCACUUCAUUAUUUGGACAACCGCUUCAUUCAGCCUCGUCUUGAGAACUUAAUCUGUAGAAGUCGCUGGAAAGAUCGAUACAAGGAGCGUGUGGAUUGUUACCCAGACGUUCGCAUAAGCCUGAAAAAUACAAAAAAUAUGUCUUGUCAGGCCUGUGAGAUGAAGCGGUGUUGUAAGUUCAAUGUGUUGCUCUCUGGAAGGCUUUAUAAUAGUAAAACUUUAGAAGUGGAUGACUUCAUGUCAGAUGAUAAACAGGUUUUGAAGGUUGGCGUGGUGUGUGCAAAUCGUACAAGAGUUUAUCACAACUUGAAACACUUCAAGUACAAGUUGUACAUGGAUUGCAGCUCUGUUGUUGGAUUGGAUGGUGUUGAGGAUGAACCAGUCAAGGACACAGUAGAACGGCUUUUCAGCCACUUGGAAGAGAGUGGAUGGAUUCAGAAGAGAUACAAUGAUCUUGAAGAUUACAUGGAGGAUGCAGACACUUUUCAAGAAGAGAAAAUUGAUUAAGAGGUCAUAUAGCUAUUUGAAAGGCAUCUUUCAAAAUGUAAAUGGCCUACUUCAUCUGCAUGCACUUUAUCUCUGCCUGGACUUCGAGAUUUCCAUGUAGGCUGUUAACCUAAAUUGAUAUGCCUUUAAAUUACUGUUUGAAAUGUGCUGUAUCUUUUUUUUCUCAUCUGUGUCAAUAUAAACCCAAAGUUUUACCAAAUCAGUCCUUCCAGUGUUACUGCAUUAAGCACUUUUAAGUUUCCUACUGUUAGAAAUAUCAGUUCAAUAUCUAUUUACUUGUGAAAUAAAACUUCCACCUAUUUAGAUUGAACUGCAUUGUAGACAGUGUAGGAGAUGCUGCAUUGUAGACAGUGUAGGAGAUGCUGAGAUCUUUUGAAGUGAGCAUAUUUGGAAAGGUAAGACUUUGUUAUACAAGAACUUAGGACUUGCAUCUUACUUCCUUAUUGCUCCUUAUGUGCUAGUAAGUCCAGUCAAUUAGAAUGAUAGUUACAACAAACAGGACCCAAAUGCAAAGAUCUAUUUCUCCUCUGAGGAAUCAGUAUAGACAGUUGCAAGGCAACAGAGGAAACAUUCUGCAGUCCUGACUGCAUUUGCAGCACAGUAGUCAUUUCUCUCUUGAGAAAGUAGGUGAUGAGUCACAGUAUGGGCGUCAUACAGACUGAGUCUGGCUUAGCCGUCUAAAUGAACACAUGGGCCCACACUGCUGUCUCUGAUAAGCAGCUGGGGCAGUUUACUGAGAUUUUAAACAUCAGGUUACAUUAUGCAAACAUAAUGGCAGCAACUUGGAGUAACUGCACUCCUAAGAGACUGGAUUAAUAUGCCCAUGCAAGAUAAGCAAGAAUUCUUCCAGUGUAACUUAACAGAAAGUAGGAGUUAGUCAGAAACAGGACGCAUGGCUUACCAGAGUUACAUGAAACUCAAGUCAGAGUAGAUUUUUCAAGGAUUUAGGAAGGUUUAAGUAUGGUACUGUCCAUUCUGAAAAAUUGGACAGGAACUGUAAAUGUGCACUUACAGCCCAGAAAGCCAACUGUGUCCUGGGCUGCAUCCAAAACAGGCUGAGGGAGGUGAUUCUGCCCCUCUGCUCUUAUGAAACCCUACCAACUUUUAAACUCAAGGAAGUUAAGUAUAAAUGGACAUAUGGAAGAAAUUUUCUACUGUGAGGUUGGUGAGGCACUGGCACAGGUUGCCCAGAGAAGGUGUGGAUGCCCCACCCCUGGAAGGGUCUUAAGGUUAGGUCAGGAUGGGGCUUUGAGAAAUCUGGUAUACUGAAAGAUAUCCCUGGCCAUUAUGAUCCUUAAAGGUCCCUUCAAACCCAAAUUAUUCAGUGUUCCUAUCCCUGUAUUUUGGGCUGCAUAUAAAAAGAAUCAGAUACAGCCUAAGAUAAAAUGCAGGGCACAGCUUUUGAAUCCUACAUCUUGCUAUAUGCACAGACUCUAUUAGUCUUUUGUGGUUGAACAACUUAGUGAAAGACUGUUAACACUCUUAAUCCUUUUAACAGGUUACUCUUAGCUGCAAAACUAAUGGAAUCUGAUUUCUCAUAGAUUUGUCCAUAAGUUACACAUUAAUAUUGCCACUUUACUGGGAACAGAUAUGCUGAUUGGGUAGGCAACUGCUGCCAGGUGUAUUGCUUAACAAUGAACAUCUGCUGCCUUUUUUACAUAGGCUGUACCUUACAUUUAUCAUUCACUACCCUUUUUUCCAGCAUUCAUUGUGAGAAAUGAACUGCUUUUACUUUUUUAAGGACUUGAAAUUCAGCAAUCUUUUAAAUGCUAUUGAGUUAGUAGCAUCAGUACUCCUUUGUACCACACACAGAUACAAGAUAUACAAAACCAAGAUGAAAUUUCCCAGUAAAAAGAUUGAGGCUUGCUGUCAAGUAAACUUACAUUGAAGAUAUCUUUCCAUACCUUACCUGUGGGUUAGAUGCAUAAAAUUCUGAGGUUCUGUAUGUCUUGUAUCUAUCUCUCUGGUUACCAAAGCUGAAGGUUUCCUUCUUUAUUCCUUUUCCUCCCUCAUCUCUGUUCUUCUGGGAAUAUUGGUGGGAACACACCCAUCAACUAAAAAGUACUCAAGAAUCCAUCCUGAAUAUAUUUCUUUUAGUUACUGAGGCCUCACUUCUUUCUGUUAACAAAUCUCUGUAUCGUUUGGUUUGCUUCUCUAGAACAUAACA